AUGGGAGUGCACGCUGCUGCCCAGAAGCACACUGUGCAGGAGGUGUAUUCCUCCCCUGCCAGCCAGGGAGUACCUUUCCCCAGUCCAGUUGGGAAUCCCCAAAACCUACUGAGAACAGCUGACUCAGCUUCUGACCAAUCAAGUUUGAGGAGGGAAAGACUUGUCAAGUAUAAAUUCUCCCCUGGAAUUCGAACAUUCACCAGACAGCAAAUGACAGGACAUCCCAAAGGAACUGCCACCAUUAGCACCAUGAACAAAGCCUUUGUUGUCUUCCUUUGUACAGCUGUCUUGCUUGGAACAGGCAUUCAAGGAAUCCUAACCUCAGGAAGGGGACGUUGCAUAUGCCCAUCCCCAGGUUCUAAUUUUAUUCCAAGGAAGCCUUUGGAAAAAGUGGAAGUGUAUGCUGUGAGUGCUUCUUGUGACCGUGUCGAGAUCAUUGUUACGCUAAAGCAAACUGGAGAACAGCAAUGCCUGAAUCCGGGUUCUAAAGUAGUGCAAGCUAUGUUGGCAAGGAUUGCACAAAGCAGGGCUUCAGGAAAUACUGGCAGGAGAGGAAAAGCAAAGGCUGGUGGGAGGUCCCCACAGUAGAGCAAUGGACGGAGGCGUGAAUUUGGUCGCCCGCUGGAUUUCUUGACUGGCAAAGGUCAAACACAGAUGAAGAGCCAUCAGAUGAAUAUCUCUUGAUACGACUGUGUUCCUUUUAAAAAACACAGUUGCUGUACCUGCAUCUUUGUGUAUGCUGGGCUUGCCCUGAUCUAGCAAAGUCACUUUAUUGAAUCGAUAACAUCUGCUUGUUCUUGAUAAAACAGCUGGGCUGGUAAAGUGGCUAAGAGAGUAACGUACUGUGAGACUGAAAGUUUCUUGCUUAGAACCCAUUGUGGGGGCUUGCGCUUCGAUCACAAUCUGCAGUUUGCAGAUGACAGUACUGUUUUCACUGGGGUAUUACGGCAUUGCUGAGCCCCUUUGAACUAUGAUCCAGAGGAGUUAGCCGUGUUAGCCUGUAGUAGCAAAAUAAAAAAGAGUCCAGUAGCACCUUUAAGACUAACCAAUUUUACUGUAACAUAAGCUUUCGAGAACCACAGUUCUCUUCGUCAUCUGAUGAAAGAGAACUGUGGUUCUCAAAAGCUUAUGCUACAGUAAAGUUGGUUAGUCUUAAAAGUGCCUUUGAACAAUGUAAACCACUGUAUCUGUCUGCUCGGCUUCGGUAGGGAUUUUAAGGCAGCCUCUUUCGCCCCCUCGAGGCCAUAUCUGAUUACCGUAUUCAUCUCAUUUCCCUCCCUCUCCCUUUUGGUACAUGAAUAAACUCCAUUGUCUCUUAAAAACCUGUACCCAUUAAAUAUUGUGUUUAGGAGUCUGCGUUUUAGGAUACAUAAUGUUGCCUGCCCCAGGAUGUAAUGGCCACUAUUCUCUAUUGUAAAUAUAGUUUUGCUUCAUAAUAUCUCUAAAAGUUAUUAGAAUGUUUGUAACGUAGAGCUCAUGAUGGACUGAAAAUGUACAAAUGAAGCCUUUUUAUUAUAAAAUGACUCUGUUGUAGAAAUACAAGCUUUUUAUACGUUUUUAUAGUCUUUUAUUUUCAUUAUUAAAUGGUUUCUGCUUUAGCAA